AUGAAGCCGACGUUGAGCCUCUGGUCCUUCCAGCCGCGGCUCAAGUUCACGCGCAAGUUCCGCAAGCUGCCGCUGACCACCAAGGACAUCAACAAGGGCUUCUACAAGGGCACGCGGACGGGCUCCAUGGGUCGCCACACCAAGUUCGGAGGCUACGUGAUCGAGUGGGACAAGGUGCGCACCUACGUCGUGCCCGCCGGCUUGGAGACCUUCAAGUUGACGCCCUUCGUCACAAACAAGGUGCGGAGGACUCGAGGCAACUACGAGGGAUACCAGCAAGGGCCCACCGACCCGUCGCGGUACCUGGAGAGAUGGAAGGACGAGAACGGCUUGGACUAG